AAAAGGCACAGAGACGGGGAAGUGCUGUUCAGGUAUUUUUUUUUGGAGGGAAGGUAUCCAGCUUUCCAGAGAGUUUUAAGAGCGAAUAGUUAUGCCCAUUUUACAAAGCCGAGAGCUCCUCCCAGCAGCAGAGGUGCAGCAGCAGAGAGCUCCUCCCAGCAGCAGAGGUGCAACAGCAGAGCAGAGAGCUGCCCCCAGCAGCAGAGGUGCAGCAGCAACAGGGCGGCGGCAGCAGGAAAGCAGCAGGCUGAGGCCUACUCUCCAUCGCCACAGGGAACUGUGGUAAUGAGAAGGCCAAGGCCAUUUUCUCUAGCGGCUGAAGCAAUCCAGACUGAUCCACUGGAGAAGCCUGGCUUCAGCUGCCUUCCAAUCCACAAAGCUCUGAAACUCUUAACUUCUUUCGGGACUUCUAUCGAGAAGCAGAAGCAGGAGCCACACAGAUUUGAGGCCUUGGCCUCGGCCUCAAAUCUGCCUACAACGCGGAGCUACUCUACUGAUCUACAGGUGAUGGUGUAUCCUGACACAGUGACAGAGGGACAGAGUGUGAGACUGACCUGUAGCACCACCUGCACUCUGACUGGCAGCCCAGCCUUCAUCUGGUACAGGGACGGAUCUCCUCUGUCCUUCACUGGUCGGAGUCACCAAUUCAGAGCCAGCAGUGAAGACCGAAGCCACUACUCCUGUGCUGUGAAAGGCUAUGAGCUUCAGUCCCCUGCAGUGGCUCUUAAUGUGAGAUAUGCUCCCAAGAACACCUCAGUAUCAGUGAGCCCCUCUGGUGAAAUAGUGGAGGGCAGUUCAGUGACUCUGACUUGCAGCAGUGAUGCCAACCCACCAGUGCAGAACUACACCUGGUUUAAGAAGAAUGACACUGGAGUCUGGCAGGCAGGAUCCGGAUGGAGUUUGAACUUUUCUAACUUUAGAUUCUGGAACAGAGGACAGUACUACUGUGAGGCACGGAAUAAACAUGGAGGUCAGAAUUCUACUGCUGUGUCAAUCAACACAGAAGUAGGGGAUAGGACAGUGCUUGUGUGGACGGUUGUUGGAAUCACAGUGGCUGUUGCACUCGUUGCUGCUGUUGCGUAUGUGAGAGCAGAGCCUUCGGGGAGUGACAAACGCAGCCAGCGACACAAACUCUGUGCAUCAGAGAGCUGACGAGGCCUCAGUGUGGGAUUAAAACACACAGAGGAGAGAAUCUGCAGAGAAUGAGAAAUGGUGGAGAUCAGGGUGAAAGAGUCUCUUUUUGUCUUUAACUUUACAGAACUGCUGUCUGUUUCUGCUAGAUUAUCCAUUUUAUAAAGAGCUGUUGGUGGAGGAUUUUUCCCAAAGUACUGUAACCCUGCUGCAACAUGCAUGUUCAUGUAACCCUGCUGCAUACAUGCUCCUGUGACACCGUUACACGUUUAUAUAACCCUGUUACACACACACUCAUAACUCAUGUACAUGCGCAUGUACUCUCUCACAUUGAAUGGGAAGAUUAUAAUGCAGAUUAAUGCAUAUUAUAAUCUCCAAACUCACGUCACUUUUAAAGGCAAGGUCCAAAAUCUUUUAAAACAGUGUUUUAGUUUCACAUUUUACAUUGCCUUGUUGUAUUAAGCCCAAAUUUACUGUUUCUAUCUAGUUCAUCUCUGUGAAAUGUGAAAGGUACAAUAACUAACACAACUAACCGUACAAGUGGUUGUAUGUCAUGUUUCAGCCGGCUCGCAGGGCCGCAACAACAGAGUCCAAAGCACCAAAAACCAGACAGAAACUGAUCUAAAAACACAAACUAUGACAUUUAUUAAUCUAAAACACAAACUAAAACAAACAUAAACCCACAAAGUUCACAAAACAAAAGAGACCUCACAAAAACCUACCAAACACAAACCACACAAAAGAAACCUCAAUGAAGAUCUCCCCAGCCUCAUACUGCAGGGUUUAUAUUAGGCCACAGGCAGGUGGAGGCAAUCAAGCAAUUGAGCAAUUAGGUAUUACCUCCACCUGCACUACCUAGGCAAGCAGAGGCUGGGGACGUAACAGUAGUAGAAGUCAUCUUUAUGAAAUGUCAGCAUUGAAAUGAAACUAAUUAUGUGCAUGAAGGACCAUAUAACAGGCAAAGCAAAACCAAAGUUCUAAAAGGUCACAUGAACAUUAACCACAGAAACAGCGCUGCACCACCGGACACUGAACUGAGAUGUGGAAAAAAAAAAUGAAUAGAACAGGCUGCAGGAAGUGAGCAGCGCUUUAACUGUCUGUCUUCAGGGUGGCUCUCGUCUGAAAUUAGGCAGCUUCACCCACAGCCGUGCCAGCUCUGCACAAAAGAGCCAAGCAGGGGCACCUCACAGUACCCGCUUUGAGGCACCAGAGCUGUGACACUUUCACAAAUAUAACUACACCUGUCCACUCCUUAUAUCUUCUGCAAAAGUAAGUGCAAUCUUUAUGUUGAUCUGGGGGUUAUAGGCUAGGCUACAGCAGCAAAAUAUUGUCAUUCGCAUUGGAACAUGGUUCCCUCUUUUUUCUGGCUUUUAAACUACUGUUAACGUAUUUUACACAGCUGUGAUGCUCAUGUAGCUCUUUAAUGUUUUUGUAUUCAUUAUUGUGUACUAAUAUGUCAAGUUACACAGUGAAGUUGCAUUCUUGGAAAAUAAUCUUUGUUGUCUAUAAUUUGAUUUUAUAUUGUCAUUCUGCAACCAUGUUAAACUGCAUGAGCUGCUACCUGUCUUGGCCAGGACACUCUUGAAAAGAUAUUUUGAAUUUCAACAAGACUCUCCUGAUUAAAGUAAAAUGUAAUAAUGUUUACAAAUAGAAACAAUUAUUCUUAAAGCUUUGCAUUCAUCACAGUCAGUCUGCCAUGUUCAGAAAUAUGAGCCUGUCAGCAGGGCCGUUUCAGACAGUUUGAAAACCGUUAAGAUUACACCUCCUCUACCAGCGUAAGCAUACAAUUUAGCCCUGUUUUAUUCUUAAUGGCUGUUAACGCAUUUUUUCAUUGAGUUGUAACAUAAUGUAUAUGAUUCAAUAGAGUGCCUUGAUAGAAGUUGUGAGAAGACAUCUUUGAUUUUUGCAUGAUUAAAUUCAUUGCAUUUUUUUUAACAGUGGAGAAAUUUAAGUACAGUGUUGUUGUUCUCUGAUCUACGGAUUACUGCGAAUGCUUUAUUCUGUGCUAAUCUAGUGAUCCUAAUGGAGGUCAGUCUCUCUCACUGCUGAAAGGUGGUUAUGUGACCAGUGGGGAAAACAUGCACAGCAUUCGUUAAAACAGUAAAUUAGCUUUCUUAAAAUUAAUAUAAUGUAAAAUAAAUAAAUAAAUAAAUAAAAA